AGCGAUGACGAUCAAGAGAAAGACAAGGAUGCGAGCUCGAAGGUGAAAGGGCCGUUAACACUGAAGAAGUUGAAAACAUUCCAAGCGAAACAAGACAAGACGGGUGUGGUCUACCUCUCAAGGAUACCGCCCUACAUGAAACCAGAUAAAGUGCGACACCUUCUAUCAAAGCACGGGAAAAUAGGACGAAUUUAUCUCACCCCCGAGGACCCAGCGAUCAGAAAGAAACGAAAGGCCAUGGGAGGAAACAAGAAACAAUCGUUUGUGGAUGGAUGGGUCGAGUUUGAAGACAAGGCCGUGGCAAAGAGGGUAGCAAAAACCCUCAACACAACUCCAAUAGGAGGAAAGCAGUUCUCUUUCUACUCGGCGGAUCUCUGGAACAUCAAGUAUCUGUCAAAAUUCAAAUGGAACCAUCUCACAGAGAAGAUCGCAUACGAUAAACAGGUGCGGAGGCAGCGUCUGGAGGCAGAAAUCGCCCAAGCAAAGAAGGAGAAGGAGUUUUAUUUGGAGAAGGUGGAACAAAGUAAACGGAUGAAGAAGUCGAAAGCAAGA